AACAAAGAUCAAAGCAGUUUUAUCUUUAAUAAUUCAGGAUACUUAUUACUAAUUAAUUAGUGUUCUCUGUUUUGACUGCUUAGUCAAUUACCUGAUACUUUGAUCUGGGCCUUUGCCAGGCAUUUGUUGUGAACAGCAUUCAUUUAAAAGCAAAACCUUUAGUGUGUCUUGAAGUCAACUUUUAAGUGCUAUAAAACGACCAGACUUCUCUGGCAAUGUUGUCCAACUUCUGGGCCUUUAGUAAGUAGCUGAGAGAAAGAACGCCUAAUGCCAUCUGUUCAUUUCAAAUGGAUCCAGACUUGCAGGAGGCUUUCAGUGAUGUUCAGAGCUCCGUCUACAGAACAGCCUUAAAACUACGCUCAGUACAAAGUCUGUGCCAGUUGGAUUUGAUUGAUGUUUCUCUGAUUCAGCACAUCCUAUCAAGUGAACAGAGCCAGAAGGAAAAGCAGAUUUCUCUGAAAGUGCAGCAGAUCUCUGGAAUGCUGGCAAAACUGUUCCAAAGGGUGAGAUUAGAAAAACCAGGCCAGGUAGAUCCAAGAGCCACUGAAUUCACGUUGAGCCUGCUAACUGCCAUGUACGACAGAUCUGGAACAGGUUAUGUCAAAACUAGAUCUGCUGCAGCUGCCCUAAUUGCUCUUUCAGGAGACACUCUACUGGCUAAAUACAGAGCUUUCUUCCAGUUUUAUGCUGUCCUUGAUGGGAAGGUGUCCUUGAUUACCCGUAGUGCCCUGAGAAGCCUACUAACAGACUUAAAUCAGAUCCCAGCCAUUGUGGGAGAAAGCUGCGCUCCAUCUUGUGUGGAAACUGCAACUCACAGCUGUUUCUAUGGGGUUCUGAAUUCGGCAAUUGUUGAAGAAAAAUUCCUGUCUUGGCUGAGAUUGGAGCCUGCUGUUCUCCUGUGGCUCCCCACAUGUUACAGAUUAUCAGCCACAGAAAUGGUUUCUCACCAAGCUAGAUGUAGAGUCUGCAAAAUUUUCCCCAUUACAGGCCUCAGGUAUCGCUGUCUGAAGUGCCUCAAUUUUGACCUUUGCCAAGUCUGCUUUUUCACUGGCCGUCUCAGCAAACCACAUAAGAGUUCACAUCCUGUUAUGGAACACUGUGUGCAGAUGUCAGCAAAGGCGAACGCAAAGCACUUUCUCCGCACCAUCAGGAACAACCUGUUUCAAGAGCGCUGCAGAAGAAAGGAGGCUCAGAGAAGGAGGGCUCUGGAGGCAGUGGAGGAGCAGCACUUCCCUACUCACAAAAAGAUUUUUUCCCCUGAAGAAUUAAUUGCUUCACCACUACCUGGCCCUGAAAACCUGUCCUUCCCAGUGGACAAACCUGUCCUGGAAUCACCCAAGUUCAUAUCUAAAAACAGAACUGUAAUGCAGAAGAGUGAGAAUAACAGCAAGACACCAGAGCAAGGCAAGACAAAAGCUCAGGCAAUAGCCUCUUUUGAAGCAGAUGUGUUAAAAAUGCAUGAAUCCAUCAAAAGCAUUCACAAUGAGAGCAGGUACAUGAAAAAACAAUUCAACAAAUGGAAGGACAAAAUGCAAUUUCUUCACAACUGCCAGGAAGACAAAAGCUGUGAAAUAGAGGCAAAGCUCCAAAGCCUGAGAGCAAGCCAUGAAGACCUGCAAAUGAAGCUGCAGCAAAUGAAGCAAGAAGUAAAGACAAUGUUACAGUCAUCAGAGCAUCCUUUUGCCCAGUGUCAGAAUACGAAGCCAAGAGAUCCACAUGUCCUGCUGGACAGGAGAAUGCAGGGUGUAUUAAAUACUGCCCAAAUAAGGCCUAAUUCCAGAACUUGUGCAGACUGGAAAUCUUUGAAUCCCCCUAACUCUUCCAACAGACCGCAGCUUUUACAGACACCUGGGGUUCCCACUGCAGUGGACUUGAUGUUCUCAGAAGACCCCCUGGAGUCAGUGUCCCUACAGAGCGACAGACCUUUUAUGGGACAGUAUAAAAAAACAAAAGAGAAUCAAACAUAUCUGCCUGAAUUGACAGAAAACUCCCUCAGUGGCAUAAUGAGGAAUACAGUUCUUACUCCCACUGCAGUGCAGAUACCACCACCUAAUGAGAAGGAAGUCAAUGAGGAAGUGGAACUGCAGAAGCUAGUGAUGAAACUGAAGGAUGCAUUGUCUCUCCAGGCCCAACCAGCUCAACAGUCAGCUUUGCAGCAGGAGUUCUUCAUUACAGCUGAACAUGUUUGCAGAUCGUUUUCUGACCUCAUCAACCAAGUAACUUCACCAGCUUGUAAAUGAUGGAAACUACCAUUCACCUCAGAGCUUCACUGAACUGUUGAAGGACCACAGAACCAUAAUAACAAUCGUUAGAAUGCAGUGUGUGCACCUGAAUUUUGGUAAAGAAUCUGCUUUUUUGAUGUUAUUUUAUAUGUGCAAUCUUCAAUAGACGGAUAUCAGCUUCAAACUUCCAUCUCUUACUCUAAUCAUCCUAAG